UGCAACUUCUCCAACUUUAGGGAAAAAUUGCGCAGUCCGUUCUGUGCUAAACGCUUCUGUCCCCCUCACAAUAAAGCCACACACCUCUUCCAGUUAUUCUACCCCCGCUUUGCCGUAUCAUGCAUAACAGCCAUGUCACCCAUCUGCUCCUCUCUCUUCUGUGCAUCGGGUUUACUGCCCAGUCCGAGCUGGAGACAGAUGAAGUGGUUCCCAGGCUGCUGUCCGGGCAGGAGGCGCACCUGUCCGCCGACCACACCGUCCGCGCUCUGCGGCGCCGCGGUCAGCGCUCUCUGGACGCUGCGGGGGGAGGACACUUUGACCCGGAUAACAUAAUUUUAACACUGCCUGCUUUUGGCAGGGACCUGUAUUUAAAUCUGACGCGGGAUAGUACGUUUCUCUCGGGGGACUUCGUGGUGGAGGAGAGGCGCGGGGACCAGAGCGCAGCGGUCAGACGCCUGUCCACCAACCAGCUCUGCUUUUACUCUGGCUCCAUCGUCAACCACACGGGCUCUCUGGCAUCACUGAGCACCUGUGGCGGUCUGACUGGACUCGUCCAGAUCGGGGAGGACAGUCUGUUCAUCCAGCCAGUGGGUGAAAACGACCCGUCACAGUCAUUCUCUGGACUUAAACACCGUCUGCUGCGACACCGACGCUCUGCCAAGACCAGCUCUGCUCCAGAUGCUGACCAGCCCAGCUACUGUGGGACUAUACAGGUAGGGAAAAAGAAGGAGAAGAGGUCAAAAGUAAGCGAGGAGGGUCGUGGGAAAAGAAACGCCAUCCGCCUGCACGAAGUGUACACUGUGGAGACAGUGGUGGUGGCAGACUCGGACAUGGUCCAGUACCACGGAGCUGAGGCCGCACAGAGGUUCCUGCUGACUGUCAUGAACAUGGUUUACAACAUGUUCCACCACCAGAGUCUAGGAGUGAGGAUCAACAUCCGAGUCACCAAGCUGGUACUGCUUCACAGCCGCCCAGAAAAGCUUAAUGUGGGCCAUCAUGGAGAAAGGUCUCUGGAGAGCUUCUGUCAGUGGCAGUAUCAGGAGUUUGGGGGGCCGCGGUAUCUCGGCACCAACCAUGUUCCUGGUGGAAGGGACGACAUCCCACCAGUGGAUACAGCUGUGCUGGUCACCAGGACAGAUUUCUGUGUUCAUAAAGACGAACCCUGUGAUACUGUGGGUAUUGCUUAUCUGGGCGGUGUGUGCAGUGCUAAGAGGAAGUGUGUGUUAGCAGAGGACAAUGGACUCAAUUUGGCCUUCACCAUUGCUCAUGAGCUGGGACACAACAUGGGAAUGAGCCACGAUGAUGAUCACGCCACCUGCACCGGUCACUCCCACAUCAUGUCUGGUGAAUGGGUGAAAGGAAGAAACCCCAGCGACCUGUCCUGGUCCUCCUGCAGCCGCGACGAUCUGGAGAAUUUCCUGAGAUCCAAAGCCAGUGCCUGUCUGCUGCACACAGACCCCAGGAGCCGUUACCAGGUCCGGCUGCCUCCCAAGCUCCCAGGCAUGCACUACAGUGUGGACGAACAGUGCCAGAUCCUGUUUGGAACCAAUGCCACUUUCUGCAAUGACAUGGAGCACCUGAUGUGUGCUGGCCUGUGGUGUUUAGUAGAGGGAGAUGCAUCCUGCAAGACCAAACUGGAUCCUCCUCUGGAUGGAACAGAGUGUGGAGCAGACAAGUGGUGCAGGGCAGGCGAGUGUGUCAGUAAGACUCCUAUUCCGCAGCAUGUGGAUGGAGACUGGAGUCCAUGGAGCCAGUGGAGCAUGUGCAGCAGAACCUGUGGCACUGGAGUCCAGUUCAGACAGAGGAAAUGUGACAACCCUCCGCCUGGUCCUGGUGGGCGACACUGUCAGAAGACCAGUGUGGAGCACAAAGCUUGUGAGGGUCCUCCCUGUCCUAAAGGGGCACCCAGCUUCAGAGACCUGCAGUGUCUGUCCUACGACCGCCACGCCAGCAAGAAGAAGGGCAGUAUGCUGACUGCUAUUAUUAAUGAUGAGAAGCCGUGUGUGUUGUUCUGCAGCCCGGUGGGUCGAGAUGUGCCAGCCCUGAUGGCCGACAGAGUGAUGGACGGGACGCCCUGUGGACCAUACGAGGCUGACUUGUGUGUUAAUGGGAGGUGUCAGAAAAUUGGCUGUGACGGCAUCAUUGGCUCUUUGGCUAAAGAGGAUCGCUGUGGCGUGUGUAAUGGAGAUGGACGCUCCUGUAAGAUCGUGAGAGGAGACUUCAACCACACCAAAGGAAUGGGCUACAUUGAGGCUGUGGUUAUCCCUGCAGGAGCCAGGAGAAUCAAAGUUGUGGAGGACAAACCUUCACAUAGCUUUCUGGCCCUGAAAGACUCUGGUAAGAAAUCCAUCAACAGUGACUGGAAGAUUGAGCUUCCAGGAGAGUUUGAGCUGGCCGGGACCACAGUGCGCUAUGUUAGAAGGGGACUGUGGGAGAAGAUGUCUGCCAAGGGACCCACUAAGACCCCCUUACACCUGAUGGUGCUGCUCUUUCAUGACCAGAGCUAUGGGAUCCACUACGAGUACACAGUGUCCCUGAACACAUCUCAGGACAGGAGCAGUGAGGAGCAGAGGGAACUAGAGUAUCUCUACAUCUGGACACACAGCAGCUGGCAGGACUGUACUGUCCAAUGUGGAGGAGGUGAACGGAGGACAGUGGUUUCCUGUAUGAGGAUAGCCAAUAAAACAAUGGAGGUGGUCAACGAUAGCUACUGUCAACUCGAGAACCGACCACAACCCCAAGUACGACUCUGCAACACUCACCCCUGCCAGUACCGGUGGGUGACAGGUGAGUGGGGAUCCUGCUCUGUCACCUGUGGUAAAGGUCUCCAGCAGAGGGAGGUGGUUUGUGUUUACCAUCUGCAGAAUGGCUCACUCAUCCACACCAGGGACCUGUACUGCCAAGGAGGAAAACCUCCUGUCCUGCAGGGCUGUGAGGGCCGGCUGUGCCUCACUGUGUGGGAGGCUUCAGAGUGGUCCAAGUGUUCGUCAGACUGUGGUCAAGGUGUUCGCAGACGGACAGUAUCAUGUACAAACCCUCAGGGUCUCUGUGAUCCUCUGUCCCAGCCUACUCAAGAGGAGCCCUGCGAGGACCACUCCAAAUGUUAUGAAUGGAAGACUGGAGACUGGUCCAAGUGUUCGUCAUCCUGUGGGAAAGGCCUGCAGUCACGAGUUGUCCAGUGUAUGCACAAAGUGACCGGUCGUCAUGGCAACGACUGCCCAGUGACACUGAGACCACCGACCUACCGACCCUGUCACCACGGUGCCUGCAAUGAGAAAAUCAAUGUGAACACCAUCACCUCCCCCAGGCUAGCUGCUCUGACCUACAAAUGCAUGGGGGACCAGUGGACGGUUUACUGUCGAGUGAUCCGAGAGAAGAACCUCUGUCAGGACAUGAGGUGGUACCAGCGCUGCUGUGAAACCUGUAGGGACUUUUAUGCCAAGAAAACACUGCACAAGAGCUAAUGACCAAACACACCUACUUUCCUCUCAAUAGCGCUCCAUUGUGUGAAUGUUUUUAAUAUUGUUGAAUAAGAAAACAAUCUCUAUUAUUGAUGGAAUUUUGUGUAUUUAAAAAAGAAAAUGGCAAGUACACGAAAGUGUACAUUUGAAAUGGGCUCAUAAGCUUCUAGUUUUGAUGAAGACUUGAAAAUGUCCAAUAUUUCCUUUGCUGUACACCAAAAGAAAACAAAAAAUGGGGGAGUCUUUGGAAAGCCAAUCUGGGUGGCUUUAUUGCACAGACUGAUUGAAAAUAAGUGCUUGAUUUUGAAGUAGACCUUUUCUGGCAGGUCUAUCAGAUAACAUGGGAGUUAGCCAGAGCUUUCCCCUCUCCUAUCUUUUUUAAUUAUGCUCUCCAUUGUAUCUUUUUCUCUGUUGUACUGUAUUGUAGUUAAUUGUUGCAAUUUCAAAUUACUAGUCAAUAGGUUUAUAUAUAGGUGAACUUAUGAUACUUAAGUAUUAAGUAUACUGUAAUAAUAUGUAAGUAUUGAUCAGGAGCCAUGGAGAAAUACUGUAGGAUUACAGUGAAUCAACCCAGCUAAUGAUAGGAGACCCACUGAUCCACCAGUCUGUUUGAGGACCGUGGAUAGCCCAUGUAGCAGAACAUGGUGGAAGCAUAAACUUACACUUAAGUGUGUGACAUAUUGUUUCCUUUCAGAUGCAGUCCAGUUGAUGGAUUUAAAUUUUUUUGCCAGCAAUAUUACUCUGUUAAUUCUAAGAUUUGUUUAAAUUCACCACUUAAAGCAACUGCGUACCUCAGUUGUAGUUGUUAGGCCUGUACAUAGAUGGGGUUGGCAUGAGCAGUGAGAACUGACACCUUUCAUUGACUAAUUGAGUGCUUGUCAUCCUGACCAUCAGCAUGGUUUAAUUUGCUUAAAUCAUACUAUGCAGCCCCAGGCAAUUGCAAUCCAACUUCAUUUGAAGUAUACUGAGGCCUUUAGGGAUGAACUCUUAACUCAUAACUAGUGCUUGUAAACCAAAAUUAAGUUAAUAUCAAAUUUAUAUAAACAAAUCAAAUCUAAACCUUUUGAUUCCACGUUACAUUUCACCAUCAUAUCUGACAAAGACCCAGUUUAUAUGUUGUUUAUAGUGUCUCAUGUUCUGAAGUCCAGAUGUCAAAUUUAAACACUUUAGUUGUACCUAGGCACAUGUAUGCAUCUCUGUUGGCCAUAUCACCAGUCUGAUUACAGUCAGCCCAGGCUACAUGCAAAUCAGGGUCUAUUCUGGUCCAGGGGAUGGUGGUAACGCACCUGAAGCUGCAGAGGAAGAAUAACUUCUGCUCUUUAGCAGUUUACGUACAAUAAUAACAGUUUAUUUUGCCAACAAUUAUCCAUAGACAGUGCAAUCAUAUGGAUGAGUUGUAUUUCUGAACUUUGUGUGAGAAGUUUUAUGAUCUUCCCAGGAUUCAUUUGCUCUUCUCCCUCACACUUAAAGAUAACUGCUCACUGGCUGCUUUUCUCCCCACAGUACACUUGCAGUAUUACAGUUUUGGUACUUAUUACAUGGGAUACUGUAUAGGCAGUUACAUUCCCUCGAAAAGUCACUGACAUUACUAUUGACACAUUGAGUAUUAUUAUUGAAUUUAAAGUCAAAUAUAGAUAUUUUCUUAUGCCUGUUCAGAUGAGAAGUGAUCCUAAUACUAAAUCAAUGUAAUAGGUACUAGAGUGGCAAGAAAGUGGACCCUUUGGAAUGAUCUGUGUUUAUGUAUAAUUUUUUCUUUUUUAUAUUUUUCUUACUUAAAACAUUGGCAGAUCUUCAUCUAAUUAUGAGCAAACACAAUCUAUUUUAAUGAUUAUUUUAUUGUUCUCGUCCAUAAUGAAUAAAUCGUUCAAACAUAAUGUAGGUUGGAGCCCUAGGCUAAUAUAACAAAUAAAAACUUAAUUGGACUCAGGAGUUAGCAAACUCCAAACUGGACUCCAGUCAAUGGAACAACAUUAGAGGUGCAGGUCAGAGCUACUUUAACUCAAUCUUUUUAAAUUAGCUAUUCACAAGAAGUGUCUGCUGAUGUGAACCAGGCCUUGCAAAAGGGAGAUCUCAGAAGAUUUAUGAUCAAGGAUUUGGGAUCUGUAUGACUCCAGAAGUACACUGAGGUGAAAAACAAACUCUGGAAUAACAGUCUUACAAAAAUUACUGAGACUGGCUAACCUCACUGUUCAUGACUCCAUAUGCCAGUCAUGGAGCAUGGUUACAUGGAGCAUGGUGUCCAUGGCAAGAUAUCACGGAGGAAGCCACUGCUCUCCAAAAAACACAAAGGGAGGAGGACCCUAAAAAUAGAAAUAGAUCUACUACAGAAUGGCUUCAAACAAAGAAAAUCCUUUAGAGAGCCAUUCAUACCAGACAUCCAGAGAAUAAUGAGUCCAAGCAUUUCUGUGAGCAUGAACGAUCCAGGAUUCGUCCUGAACACUGUGACGUUCUGACCUGUAAUGCCUGUUUGAGAUUAAUGCUGCCAAAAGAGGUUUGACCAGUUAUUAAUUCUAAGGGUUCACUCACUUUUUGCACCAGCACUUUGGAUGGUUAGUGGGUGUGUUAGUUUGUCACUGAUACAUUAAUCAUAUUUUGUUUCCCUAUACUUGUAGAUUAAGAUCAGAUCACAUUUAAUGACAAUUUAAUGCAGAAAAACAGGGAAUUCCAAAGGUUUUACUAACACUUUCUUGCCACUUUUUUUUUUUAAAGCAUUUCAAGAAUAAAGCAAUGGGACUGCUAUCAGAUUGGCCAGACACAUAUGGAGGUGGUUGCACAUUGCGGUAGGCUUGCGCUGCACAGUGUGACCAUGUUCUCAAAGAGCAACUUAUCAGUAGCUGUUUCUCUUCUUUUAUUGCUGAUGUGAAGUUCUUUAGCUUCUCACCUUGUUACCAAAUUGUCAUGGCUUGUUGGUUGAGGCACUGUCUCAGACCUUUUUACGUUGUGAAGAUUUAGAUACACAUCACGAUAAAAUGGGUGAUUCCUACCUAUUAUUUCACUUACAACUCUUCGUCAAAUGGGAAAGGCUGUAAAGCCUGUACAGUUUGCAUAUCACACCUGCAGUAUGUAGUUGUUGAUGUUCUGUGAUCAAAUGUUAAUUGUCCUUUUGUCACUGGUACUGGUUGCAGAUGCAGCAGAGACACUGCUGCUUAGGCUGAUGUUAAGUUACUAUAUAAGUUGAGCUUCUUACAGUAAAAGUAACAUGAGCCUCAUUAGCAAGGCUGCUGAAAGGCGACCUACAGAUGCCUGCACAUGAAGGCAGUCUACUUGAGAGUAACCUUUAUCGUCUCGUAAAUUCCCUGAGAUGCACCAUGUUUGUUGACAAAUGUGGACAAACAUUGAAAACUUAAUAUCAACACUAUCUGUCAGCAGCAGCUGCUGUUCACAAACAUCAUCAAUGCUUUAUCAACCCCUUUUCAAAUAGUCAUAGAGCUGACAUGCAUCUGUGUGUGGAAGAAUGUGUGAAUGAAUGAGUGUGUGUGUGUGUGUGUGUGUGUGUGUGUGUGUGUGCGCGCGUGCGUUAACACAAAGGCCUCAGUCUUUUCCAAGGGGUUGAACGGUGCUAUCUUAUGACCUGUUUCACUAUUGUGGAAUUCAGCUUAUUGUCAAUGAUGGUUGUACUGUCAUUGUUAACAGUUAUCUGUUUUGUAUGUUGCAGGGUUAUUUAACAACGUUGCCUUUUAUUGAUGAGUCUUUUUUCCUUUGGCUGAUAUAGUGAAAAUAUGCUUAAUUAUUCCUGUACUGUACUUUAUUAGUUGCAGUAUGUUCGGUACAUAAACUGCCACUACAUGUAUUUUAUGGUGCUGAUUUGGAGCUGAGUAAAUAAUCUGUUUAUACAGGGAUUUAACCAUUUGUCUGUUGUUCUGUGUGAUCACACUAUAUUUGUACUGUCAUCCACUUUGUGUCCAAUAUUCAACAGACCAUUCUGAGAAAGAACCUGAAUGAUUUGAUCAAAUUUUACUCUAUUUCAAGUCUACUGUAAAGUUGAUUCUCUUUUAUUUUGUUAAAUAAUAAAUAAUGUGAUUUUACAUGGAAAAACAAACCUUUAUGACCCACUAUUGACAUAUGUGGAUUUACCAUUAAACCAGAAUGCAGACUG